AUGAGCAAUCAAUUACCUCCCGAUAUUUUGAAAAGCCUCCAAAUGGCUAAUGAUCAACAACAACAGCAUCAUUCACCAUUGCCUCCACAACUUUCUUUUCCUUUUGGAUCAUUUCCAAAUCAACCCCAUCAAGGCUUUCAACAACCCAUAGCAAUGGAUGAAUCUCAAUUCUCUGAAUCGCAAAUUCUGGAAGAUUUGAAGAGAAUACAAUCAGGGCAACAACAAGGCUCAUCCCCAACAACAUUCAAAGCUUCUCAUAUCCCGGAACAACAGCAACAACAAGGUUCAUCUUCUGGAACCUCUUCUCCUCAUACUCUUCCUCAAGGAACACACUAUAACAUUCCUCGACAAGAUACUCCAGUGCCAGAGGCUAAGCCAAGCAACACCAAAAUGAGAAGCGAAAAGAUUUUAAAUAAUUUAAGCAGUAGUAAUAUUUCACCUUCUUCUUCUCCAGGCUAUGAUGUAUCUUACCAAACACAGAACCAAACUAACACUCCAGUUCUUUCGCCAUCAACUCCUCAGCCAACAAACUCCUCUCAAUCACCUUCUUCAUCAAUACUCCAGAAAUAUGUUCCAACUCAGGUGCCUGUUGCAUCUGAUCCAUUUUUGUUUGGACCACUAGAUAAGCAAAAUCAUGUUUACUCAACAAUUUCUCUUGAUUCCAAGCAAGAAAGAAAAAAGGUGAAUGCAAUCAAAGGAAUUACUGCAUAUGCCACCGAUCCAAUAUUUUCAAAUGGAAAGAAUAUGGCAAUUAUAUCUGAUUAUUUGGCUUGGACUUUGAAAGGUGGCCCAAUUCGAGUUUUUAAUCGAAAAGUGGGUACAAGAACUCUCUUAAAAGGACACAAACAAUACGUUUCCGAUUUACAACCUGGCACUGAUCUCAAACUAGCCUCGGUAUCCAGAGAUAGAUCAUUGAUAGUAUGGAAAAUUAUUGAAACAGAGGAAAAGACACAAGAAGAGGACUUGAGAAAUCCAAAGGAAGACCAACUUGGAUAUUCCAAACUUGUGCAUUUAACUUUCUCGCCAAAAGAGUCCCUUAGAUUCUUUAAGAGAAUUUUAUGGGCCCCUGGGUCUGAUUCUGAACUCUGUGCUAUCACAAGUGAUAAUCAAUUGUUUUUGCUUGAUAUUGAAAAGCUUUAUGACAAACACAUAAUUGAAUUACGUAGCGAAAGCAUCGAAUCUAUUGAUGGAAUUCGUAUUUUAUUUGACGAUAUCGAUGAAAAUGAGGUUCUUACAGAUAUUAGUUAUUCCAGUGAUGGCAAAUAUCUCGCUUGUGUAUCAUCAUUUGGUAAUAUUUACCUUUGGGAUAGAAGGACAAAUAUGUCUCUUGUUAAACAAACUAAUAUUUAUAACAGCGAACUACUUAACAUCCAUUUCUGUAGUGGAACUGAAACUAAUAUCGAAAGAUACUUUGUAACAUCAUCACAAAACAAUUUUGACAUUUCAUUGUGGUAUCUUUCACCGGAACUAGAUAUUGAGCUUAUUCAACAGAUAUCUAUUCGCCCUGAAAAAUUUGAUGAAAAUUAUUCAACCAACACGAUCUCAAUGGAUUCAACAUCUACUGCUUUAUUCGUUGCCAAUUUAGACUAUCCUGUGUUAUUUACAUUGAGAUUGAACAAGACAGGCCUCAUUGAACAAACUGGUCAUCCUCAUUUUGAUUGUAUCGCAGAAUUUGACGUCAAGUAUCCAAUUGUUAGUUUUGCUUGUAUGACCAUUGGAAGUUCAUUUGGUUUAUUUGCACAACAAACUACUGGUACACAUUUGUUGAAUAUCAAGUCUUCUCAAAUUCAUCCUCCUCUUCAAGAAAUGAACACUCCAAUUCCAAUGCCAGAUUUGGCACAUGCAACAAGUGCAGCUAAAGAUCUAGUUCCUGUGAAUAACAAUACUGGAAUAGCGGUGCGUCAACCAAUCGUCUUUAAUGAAACUAGUAAUGUCACCGCUACUACUGGAACAAACAGUAUGCCUACUAACACUUCUCCAAGUUCUACUGCUGGUGCCUCAUCUUCUAAUUUUGAAAUUUUAGCAGAACUAAGAAGAAUGGAAAGAACUCUACUGAGUCAAAUGGAAACAAUGAUUCAAACACAAACAGAGAGACAAUAUGACCAGCUUUACAAGCGUAUUGAGCAAGAGAGAAUAGCAAGGCUGACAGAGGAAAGAAAACGUCAAAAGGAGCUGAUUGAGACCAUUUCAUCCACCCUUUCUAAUGAUUUACCAAAUGAUAUUGCAAAUCUCGUCACUGAUAACAUUAUGGAUAAUCUUAGAAAUUCCUUGCCAUACUUAAUGAAUGACUCUUUGAAACAAUCUCUAACUGAUACAUCAGACGAAGGAUCCAUUAAAAAGACCAUUCAAGACAGCUUCCAAACUGUGCUCAAAACCACAGUACUUCCGUCAUUUGAAACAUCAUGUAGAAGAAUGUUUGAACAAAUCAGUAAGACCUUCGAACGUGGAAUGGAUGAGUUGGUAAAAACUCCUCUUAAAGAAUACUGUAGAGAUGUGAAUAACACGACUGUGGAGACCAUCAAGCAGGAACUGAAGAACUUCUCUCAGCACGUUUCGAAAUCAUCUGAAUCAUCAAGUUUGACUGAUAAUGCUCUAAAAGAAAGACUGCUCACACUCAUUGAAAUGCACAGAUAUCAAGAGGUAUUCACUAUUGUGUUAGAGAAGACUGACUUGAAUUUAUUGGUUUGGCUUUGCACUAUUAUUGAUCCAUCUAUUUUCGAAGUUGAAUGCCCACUCUCACAACCAGUGUUAUUGUCUUUGGUUCAACAGCUCGGUUUUGACAUUACAGAGCAAACAUUUGUUAAAUUGGCUUGGUUAGAGAAGAUUGUAGUUCAUAUUAACCCUCUAGACUCUUCUAUCAUUGAACAUGCUCACACAAUUAUUGAAAAGAUCCACGCUACUGUUUCAGACAAGUAUGAAUAUAUCGAAGAACGUGGAAAGGCCAUGGAUCUGAAGACACUAAAAUUAGUCCUCCACGUUCUGAACUCUUUAAUCAAAGAUUCUCGUGACGCCAAAAGACUUUAUUGCAAAUGA